GGGUUUGCGUACCCCUCGCGAGGCGGAUCGAGGUGCCAAGUACCCCCCUUUUGUAAUCCUUUCAUCCAUACAUAAUACAAAUCAUCGCCGAUGCAAUAUUGAUAAAACUCCACUAUGUGUGUCAGUCUUGGUCUGACCUUUGUUCUGGCAACUUCAUCUAAAAGGGUCACAGUAUCUCUUCUCCACCAUCGUCUACUGAACCUCUCUCGGUCCACCAGUCUUCGGGGAACCAAACUUUCUUACCGUCUCUCGGAAUUUUCCGGAUAUGAGAAGUCGUAACUCCUGAGCCCUGCCAUAGGUAGGCAGUUUUUAGCUGGACCCAAACCGUCGUGAUGGCAUUUUCGUUUGGUAACCUGCUGUCGGCUUUAAUGCUUUCGUGGACGACCUCCAUCAUCCUCGUUCUAUUCGUCCUCGUCCUCAUCAUCACAUGGCUCCACCAGAAACCAAAGGACUUCCCUCCAGGACCACGAGGACUUCCAAUCUUUGGAAACGUUUUCGCCUUCGAGCAGGACGAUGCAUUCGCUGAUACACUGAUGCGAUGGGGCAAGGAGUAUGGGCCCGUGUAUGGAGUGAGUAUCGGUCUUUCAAACGACGUUGUCGUCUGUGGAGCCGAAAUGAUCAAAACAUUGCUUGUCAAGAAAGGACUGGACUUCGCUGAUAAACCUAAACUUGUUGAAGCAGACUUGUACAACAAAGACAGAAGAGGUAUCUUUGUAUCAGGUUGUACAGACGGAUGGGCAAAGCAACGUCACUUCGCCCACACCACUCUGCGAGGGAUGGGCUUCGGGAAAGUAGCCCUAGAGCCCAUCAUACAGGAAGAGGUGGAUGACACCAUUAAACAAUUCACGUCAUACAACGGUCAACCUUUUGAUCCGCAAGGACCUUUGGCGACCAACUCGUCCAACAUCAUCUGUCGACUUAUAUUUGGACAUCGCUUCGAGCACAACGACCCGGAGUUUCACCAGCUCAUGAACUACCUGCGAGGCAUUAUGGGAUUCCGAGCGGAAGGAGAGGUCAUGGUGUUUCCCUUCCUACAACACGCCUACAUUUACAAGGAAAGAUGGCAGACAAACCACGUAUCAGUUCAAAACAUGUUCAAAUAUUUUGGCGGGAAGAUCGACGAACACAAAUCAAGACUUUCAAAUAGUACUGCUUCGAAUCAAGAACACGAAGUACUAGACUUCAUCGAUGCGUACCUCAUGCACGCUGUGAAAGACCCGGUGCACUUUAAUGACGAAGAACUGAAAGUUCUCCUGUCAGAUCUAUUUAUCGCUGGAUCGGACACAGUUUCAACGACUUUAUGUUGGGCCAUCCUUUACCUUGCAGCAUAUCCAGAUAUACAGGAAGAAGUGCAAGCAGAAAUACAGGAGGUGAUUGGUGAUGAACCCGUGUGUUUAUCGCACCGAGGGUCCAUGCCAUACACGGAAGCGACGUUGAUGGAGCUGCAGAGAUUAGCCAGCGUGGUUCCAAUCGUCCCUCAUGCUGCAUUCCGAGAUUCAGAGCUAGGAGGAUACCACAUACCCAAGGGAACCAGGAUGUGGAUCAACAUGUGGUCUCUUUUCCGCGACCCAGUGGACUGGCCAAACCCUAAUAAAUGCGAUCCCCACAGAUUCCUGAACAAAGACGGAACAAAGGUAGUUCAUCCAGAUAGCUUCAUGCCCUUCUCAGCUGGUCGUCGGGUCUGCAUGGGAGAACAGCUCGCCAAGAUGGAGUUGUUUCUAUUCUUCGUAUCUCUGAUGCAGCGCUUCAAGUACGUGUUCGCCGAUCCCGACACGACGCCAUCUUUUGAAGGAGUUGUAGGGUUGAACAGACAGCCCCGACCUUACAAGGUAAAGGCAAUACUCAGGAACAAAUAGGAUGCUUCCAUCUGAUUCCUUGUGAUACUGUCAGUCCAGGAUUUCCGCAGGGAUUAUAAACAG